CCUCCCAGGCUCCUUGUCUACAGUGUUCUCCGGUUGCCGGGCAUUAAAGCAAACCAGAGUUUUGUUUACCGAGUCUACGAUUACAAUACAGCCGCCAAAUAUUUGCUAGUCCCCAGUUUCGCAGUGCCACUAUAAAUACUUCAGCCCCAGGUGGAAGGGCUGAGAGUUGGCAGAGGAGAAGUGUGGGGCUGAGCUGCAGUGGACAGUCCAGAUUCAACCACUUGUACAGCGUGGAGAUAGGAGCGGGGGAAAUGGCCGCUGGGGUUAUACAAAGCCUAAGCAAAUUUAAGCUGCCCACAGCAUUCCGGAAUUCGUUCCUAUCCACCACAACCUGCCAGGAAAUGAUUUUCCAAGACUUAUCGGAGGAAGAGGAGGAGGAGGAAAUGGAGGCAGACGAGGAAGAGGAGGAGGAAGAGGAGGAGGAGGAGGAAGAGAGGGAGGAUAUGGAAACAGUAGGCAAUUCUGCAGGUUGCAGUGCAGACAGAGGCUCUGCCGACUCCAGCUUGAGCAACACAGAGGUGACGCUGCAGCUCCUUCGGUUCGCUGAGCGGAUCAGCGAUGACAUCCAGAGAUAUUUCGGCCGGAAGAGCAAAGAGGAAGGCUCAGAGUCCUGCAACAUCUACGAGGACCGCCGCUCCCCUCAGCUGUCAGGGCAGGUUCUGUACUAUGCUGACCUAGUCAGGAUUUCUCAGAUUGGGGAAGAAGAUGACAGCAGUGACCUCCCUGACCCCUCAAAGCCCCCAGCACAGCUGGAGAGGCAGCUGUGGAGAUCUGUCUGCAGCAAAGAGGAUGCAGAGAAGAUGGGUCCUCUGGCUGAGCUCUUUGAAUACGCCCUGGUCAGGUGCGUCAAGCAGCGAGCCUCCUCUGAGAACAGGAAGCUGAGGCUGGAGAGGAAGUAUGGCCACAUCACCCCCAUGCAUGGCAGGAAGUUGCCCCAGUCCUUCUGGAAAGAGCCAUCCCUCAGCCCUGUCUGUAUACUCAAUGGCAACCCUCCAGAUUUCAGUGACCUGCUGGCCAACUGGACUUCCGAAACCUGCCAAGAGGACCUGAAUCCCAGCCGAGAGCAUCCUAGCGAAACAAACCGGAGGGUGGUAGACACUGACCAUUUUGGUGGUCUAUGAGGGUUCAGAAGGGUUGCAACGUCUGAAUUCUUCUCACAUGGGCUCCAGCCCUUUCCCUAUUGCAGGGACCAUUAGCCCUGUGCCCAACAUGGCUCCCAUGAAUAUCCCCUCAAAAAUUGACAAUGCACAAGAUCGGGGGUGGGAGCAAUGUCUGCACCAUUUUAUGUUCCUGUCUCUUUUUCUACUCUUUCAACUGCGGCAGCCAUUUUCUUUUAUGCCAUACCCCCUGUUUCGGCCAUUUUCUCUCAUGCCACACACACCCGCCGCCAUUUGUGUUAUGCCACCCACCUCCAGCACUAUCUCCCACCUCCAGCACUAUCUCAAAGUGUCAUUAUCUUCCCAUUGGCCCCCAAAAUAUCACCACCCCCUGACCUAUUGGAGACCUGGUCUCCCUUCUCUCUUGCUCAGCUUGUAUAAUUGUAAAUAAAUAUUGUGGGGGGUGGGAAUGUGACUCUCCUCCAGUACUUUCCCCUCACAAGGGAACUGACUCUCUCUGAACAUUUGCUGUCCGUUCUGGGUCUAGGGGAGGAGGGGUGGAGCCAGAGGGCAGAACCAGUUGCCCUGGCAGGCUCACAACUGGACCCAGUCUGUGGUGGCUCUGGAGGCAGAAGCCUUUUGGGAUGGAUUGAAUGCAGCAAUGGAGAACAUGUGGCCCUCCAGAUGUUGCUGGACUAUAAUACCCAUCAUCCCCGGCUGCUGGGAGUUGGAGUCCCGCACUAUCUGCAAGAGCACAGGCUUCAUCUCAAGUCCAUUUGUACCAGGUGUGCCAACUCUAGCGGGUGGAGGUGUAAGGAUGGGAGUUGAGAGCUGUGUGUGCCACCUUGAACACUUUGUAGGAAAGGUGUUUUGUAAAAGUAAUAAUAAAUGCAUAAAGCAAUACUGGCCUGUUUUACAGGGUUGUUAUAAAAGGGUAUGAAAGAAGAUACGGAGAAUCUGUGAAAUACUGAUGUAUUUCAUCAAUUCUAAGGGCUGAAUCCAACUAAGUCCUGAAAUCAAUGGGUUUAGGGGAUUGAACUAGAUGAUGCUUGGUGCCCUUCUAACUGUAGGACUGCCACACUGGGAUUUCAAAGGCAGAAUUGAUAUCCAGGGUGAAAGGCGGUGCUUUGUCCUUAAUCUUAAACAAAUCAAGAGGAAAAUCACCUUUUGGGGGUGUUUUUGUUUAAAAAAAGCUCAACAACUCUGGGGGUUUCCUUGAAGCUCAACAACAAUUUUGGGGUCUUCUGGGGUUUUUUUCAGGGUGUCCUGGUUUUUACCUUUUGAAGGAACCCUAUCCAACUGUACACUUCUAUAGUUCUCAUUUGGUCAUAUCCAUUAAUUUCAACAGACGUACUCUGAGGAGGAUGAACAUUGGUUAAUCACCAUCAUCAUCAUCAUCCAGUUUCCAUAUGUGCAAUGGAGAGGGCUAUGUGAAGCAGUGAUUUUGAAAUCCAGAUGACAUCAGGAAGGGUGUCUGUAUGCAUGUGUGCAAUAAAUGGUGCAAUGAUAGGAGUGUCUGGAGAGCAAAAUCAUUUGUCUUCUGCUAAGCAAACCUGUUGUGUCUGCACAAAAAGAGACUCUUAUCUGCUUCUUCCAUGCCUUCUUUGUAGGCCAAUCAAUCAAUUCUUUUACUAGAAAACGAGGCAACCUGAUCGAUCUUCUCAUCUAUUUAAGUGCCCAGCAUGUCCAGUGGAGGCCAGCCCAUUAGGGCAAAUGGGGCAAAGCUCCCACCAACCUGCCUGCCCUCACCCACCUAAUUUGCACUUACACAGGCCAAACUGCAGCCACCCUUUGAAAGCUUCACUUUCCCAUAUGUUGCAAUG